CAAAACCCUUCCAAACCCCUCAAAAUUCAUCAAACCCCUCAAAAUUCCAUAUCCCCAGUUCCGAUAUACCCAGGAAAAAACCAAUGAAUUUCUUCAAAACCAAAGCCCCACCACCAGCACCACCUCCAGCACCGCCGCUGCCACCAUCACCAUCACCACCAUCUCUCCACCUCCUCAACCAAGCCUUCACCUCUCUGCAAACCCAUGUCUCCAACUUCGUCCACCAUUCUCCCCUCCCCUUCCCUCUCCCCACCGUCACCAAUUCCCCAGCACCACCAGCGCCUCUUCACCACCUCAACCAAGUGUUCAAUUCCUUCCAAUCCCAUUUCUCCAACUUCCUGCACCACUCUCCCUUCCCUUUCCCCCUCCCCACCACCGCAGGCUCUUCUCCUAAGAAUCCCUCUUGGGCCAGAGUUUCUGAUAGUACAACCCCAUCUCCUUCUCCUCCUUCUUCUUCCUCUGAUACUGGAAUUACUAAUUCUGAUGCUAAAAGUAGGAAUCUUGCUAUAAGUACAGAGGUUAUUGAGGAGCGUUUAACCGGGGUCCCUGUCUAUGCUCUCAGCAAUUCUUCUGAGGAAUUUGUGUUGGUUUCUGGUGAAAAUACGGGGAGAAAUCUUGGCUUGUUCUGCUUGAAUGAAGCUGAUGCUAAAGCCCUUCUUCACCAGAUGCAGUCCAUGGAUCCCUCUAUGCGUGAUGGCUCCAAAGUUGUUGCUGUAGCUCUCAAUAAGGUAUUUCAGCUUAAAGUUGAUGGGGUAGCUUUUAGGUUGAUACCAGAGGCGUCUCAAGUGCAGAAUGCAAUAAAGGAAAGGAAGAAGUCUGGUGCAUAUGAUGAGAGCUUUUUCGGGGUUCCAGUUUUCCAGUCAAAAAGCUUGAUUCUGAGGACCCAAGACAAGAGAUAUCGCCCUGUCUUUUUUAGGAAGGAGGACUUGAUAAAAUCCCUGAAUUGUGCAACUCGUUAUGAGAGAUUGAAUCCUGCUUUUAGAGAGGGAGAAAUUCAGGUUGCUGUUUUUGAAGAUAUAAUACGAGGGAUGAAGGAUGACUCAUCUUCGAAGUGGGAUGAUGUUGUUUUCAUACCUCCUGGUUUUGAUGUUGCUACUGGUCAAUCCCGUCGAUAGGCAAGCUGCAAAUGGUACCUGUGGAGGUCAUCAGUACCUGUUUCAACUCUCAAUGGAUCACCCAAGUGGCAACAGGGUUGGUAUGCCAUAGUUUCAGUUAGUUAUGCUUUAUCAGCCUCUGUGGUGUUCCCGUAGUUAUGUUCCAGUGCAACUCCCUUGUCCUUGCCUUGGUAUCUCUUUUGACAUCCUUGAGGCCUUGAUGAUCUGUAUUUGGGUGGUAAUUUGAUUCUUAGAGAUGUGAUUGUCAGAAGAGAAGAUGAUGUUGUAAUUUGACACUGUUAACAGUUCAACGUGGGUAGAUGUAAAUUAGCUCAUGGUAUAAUUUCACAUAUGAAGUUUAAUGGAAUAAUAGUGAUUUUCCCUUUCCUGGUUACUAAUUUUG